AUGAACGACACCGCCGACGUAGCUGACGAUCCAUGUGCCUACGGAGAACCGCGAUUUCUUUAUGAGAGGUUCAUAUUGGUGGCAAUCGUCGGAACCAGCGUGGCCGUGAUCAACAUUAUUGAAAAUGUAUUCCUCUGUUUCAUGUUUUUUAGCAGGAAAUCUUAUCGCUCAUCCCAUUGCCUUUACUUGGCCCUGUUGGCAUUUUUUGAUAUUUUCAUCGCUGGCGCCUAUAUUCCGUUGAUGAGUCUGAACCUCGUAGUCGAUUACUGGAGAUCGGUUACUCUUUUGAGGGCAUGGUAUGUUAUCUUUUUGUUAGAACUAUUCAUAUUCUAUUCUAAAGGAGAUGUGUUCCGCUGCCUAUAUAGGUCCUCUUUCGUUCAACGCAUUUUACUUUCAUUUUAUUUUUUUUUCAAUUUUUCUAUGAACCGCAUUAGUGAACAAGAAGACCGCCCUAGAUACGUUCGUGUAUUUGUGCGACUGUUCACCUACAUGAUCCCGAUGAUCACCGUCUCACACAUCGCCAUGACGGCGUCGUCGUUUCUCAUGGUGGCCGCUAGUUUCGAGCGAUAUUGUGUGACUGUUCACCCUCACGUCACGAAAUUUCUUAAUCGGAACAGGUUCGUUCGAAGUUCAAAACCAUUCUUAACGUUUCGUAUUUUCCUGAUAAAAUUCAAAAAGCCAAGACGUUUCAAUUGGGACCCGUAG